AUGCUGGCCGACGCUGGCUGGCGACUCGAGUCCGACACCUGGAGCUCAAGAGUGCUGCGCUUUUUUGGCUGUCACUCCUUUGGCGAGGCGACGGCACUCGGCAGCGAGUCGGUGCCAGCUGCGCCGCCCGUGCCACCGCCGGAUGCGCCACGAGUCCUACUCCUUGACCCCGGGUCUGGCGACGCGUGCGAGGCGCUGCAAGGCUGCUUCCGGGUGUACCUGGCCGUCGAUCCGUCGUACGACAUCCAGGCGGCCGCACUCCCGCGCCCACCGCACUCCCUCUCCCGCCGCACCUCGGUCAAGCGGUACCCGCCCAACUGGAGGUCGAUGCCUAGAGACCUCGAGACUGGUGUACGCCUGAGCUAG